UUUUGUGUUCUUUGAGGAGCUUAAUUGGUAUAACGGCUGCAUGUCCGCAGUCUGUUGCUCUUCAAAGGCGUAUGCUAAGUAGCAAGGACCCGUGGCAAUAGGCCGGUUAUUGUGAUCAGUAGGAGAGCUUUUACCGUCAUUUAGUUUUCUCGCCAGAGUACAUUUAUAUGCCUCGCGAAAGGAACUAAGUCUGUCACGACAACCUUGCAUCGUGAAGGAUAGGCUUCUUGGUCAACGCAUUCAACGGAUAGCAGAAUGAGCGGCGUCAUAACUUUGUAUGCUGUGGUCUUGUUAGGAUGUCUGGGGGCGCUACCCGGACACAUCGCGGCUGUAAGGACGUUGCAAGAUGGGGCCACAAUGGACUUGCCCAAGCGGGAAAUCUGCACGAACACUUGCAGCAAGGCUAGAAACGGCGUUUGCGAGGAGGGUCGGCCGGGUCGGGCUCAGGUCAAUGCGCCGUACCUCAUGGCCUACUGCGACCUAGGGACGGACUGCGAGGACUGCGGCCCAUGGGUCACUACCGCCACCAAGGUGCCAUGGGAGGAUCCAGCACGUGUGGGCCCUGUGCGGCUGCUGCAGAGCAAGGACGUGCAGGUCCGCGUACGAGCUGCUGCCGUACCGCCCGCCAUUGGCUUCAACUUCGCCUACACGGACCCCAAGGCCGACUACGACGUGUCGUACCACAUGGACACGGCGGGCAUGGUGGAGGCGGGGAUCACAGCGAUCGCCUACAAGCUGCUGGAGGGGCGCUGCAACCGCGCGGACGGGCGCAGGGAGCUGUUCGUGGACGUGGGGGCAAACUUCGGCUGGUUCGCCAUCCUUGCUGCUAAACUGGGGUGCAGGGUGGUGGCCUACGAGCCGGUUCCGCUGUUCCACGCGUUCUUCGAGUACAGCGUGCACCUGAACGACCUGACCAGCCUCAUCGACAUACGGCCCCUGGUGGUGAGCCACGAGUCCGGCAAGACGCUCAAGAUGGUGGUGCCCGCACGCGGCAUCUGGGGCACCGCAGGCAUUGACGGACUCAACAUUGACCCCGCCAUCCAGAGCACCCAAGAGAGCAUCGAGGUGGCCAGUGUGCGGCUGGAGGACGAGGUGAAGGAGGACGUGCUGCUGCUCAAGGUUGACGUGGAGGGCUGGGAGUGGGCUGUCAUGCGGGGUGCAGCGGGGCUGCUCAAGAAGUACCAGGUGGAGAACGUGGUCAUGGAGUACUCGCCAGGUGUCCCCGAGCGUCACUUCAAGUUCGACGACAUGGCAGCCACUCCCACCAUGCUGGCGGACCUCAUCUCGCUGUACGGCUUCCGCAUCGGCCACAUCGGGGACGCGGGCAAGCACAACAACGGCGGCUGGGAGGCGGAUCUGCCGGUGCUGCCGGAGAUAAAGCUGGACAACCUCAAGUACGACAUUGAGGAUGUGAAGCGCUGGAGGGAGGCCACGCUGGCCUGUCCGGUGCCCCAGGAGCUGCAGUCCUACCCCAUGUGGGCGGUGUGCGGCGGGGUGCCCGAGGGACUCAACCCGCGCAGCCUCAGGUCUGAGAUCGGCCACAACACCAACAUCUGGGCCAGCAAGGGCAAGGGCCUGUCGGAGGGAUUCCUCAAGGUGCAGGGCGUGGCGGGCAUCCUGGAGCCCAGCGACCCCGCCACCAAGUACUUCCAGACCAACGCCAACAACUUCGGAAUGGGCAGCCGGCCAUGCAGCUUGCUGGAGCCUUUGGUGCAGGUCAAGCAUCGCUGCAAGUGCACCAACCCGAAAAUUUGCGGGGAGGAGGAGGCUCUCGCGCUCAAGCUCUCCAACGAGGGCAAGCUUCCGCAGAACUACGUGCUGCCCUGAGAGAUGUCUAGGCGUAAGCGCGCGACUGAUAGGAAGUAGUGAUCACCUCAUCGUGGCGCGGCAGCUCGUACCUGUGACACCCACAUCGCUAUGCUUUUGCUUGCAUGCUUAGGCACCUGCUGUCUUGUAGGUCUGUUUAUUGCUAUUGCUGGGUCUUGCCUACGACGGGAACAUCCGACGGUAUGUACGACACAAACCUGUAUAUGGGUACAUGAGGUACUAAAGGCGGCACUUUGGUGAAUUGCCGGGGGGGAACACGGGCUAAUUGGUAUGGUCACAAGAGUUACAUGGUUGCCAUGGCACGGCAUGAUACAAGUAGCAUAAUGCUAGUAAGGACGUAGCAGCAUGGCAACUGGCACACGUACGCGCAGCGGCAAGUUAGGUAGGAUUGCUGUCAGGUGUGGCUGGCUUUAGUGGUAGUGCAGUGGAUGUAGCGCCGGGUUGCUCAUGGUAGUAGCUCAUGUCGCGGGGCUACGUGCAAGGGAGUG